UUCCGGUCCUCAAUGCAAAAUGGCCGAGAAUGCGGACAAACCCUCGGCGAAGGGCUCCACAAAAGCACAGGAAAACAACAUGAAUUCUUCACUGAAAGACACGGAUUCGAAAGUGACAUCGCCACAGAAUGGUAGCACCAAUGAUUCAGACAAUGAAAAUGAUGAAAACUCGUUGAAAAUCGGUGAUACUUACUUGAUACAGCGGCACGACAACACGUGGCACAAUGCCGAGAUUGUGCAGACCAGAAAGAAUGAACAGGAUAGCAACAAGAAGGAGUAUUAUGUACACUACAAAGGACUCAAUCGGCGCAUGGACGAGUGGGUCGGGAAAGAGAAGGUGAACGUCCAACAGCCCCCCCAGGAGAGGCAGAAGUCCGAGACCGGAGACUCGCUGGACGACUCGGACAGAAAGAUCACCAGGAACCAGAAGAGAAAACACGACGAGAUCAACCAUGUUCAGAAGAGCUUUGCAGAAAUGGAUCCAACGACAGCUGCAUUGGAAAGAGAGCAUGAAGCUAUUACCAAAGUCAAGUACGUCAACAGGGUUCAGAUAGGCAAGUACGAGAUCGAUGCUUGGUACUUCUCGCCUUUCCCGGACGACUACGGCAAGCAAGCCAAGCUCUGGAUCUGUGAAUACUGCCUUAAGUACAUGAGAUUUGAGAAGACCUUUAGGAAGCACCUGGGUGAUUGCUUAUUGAAGCAGCCUUCAGGUAUAGAGAUCUACAGGAGAGGCUCCAUCUCAGUGUACGAAGUCAACGGAAAAGACCACAAGCUGUACUGCCAAAACAUGUGUCUACUUGCCAAGCUCUUCCUGGAUCACAAGACGCUCUACUUUGACGUAGAGCCAUUCCUCUUCUACAUCCUGACAGAGGUUGACAGACACGGCGCCCAUCUCGUUGGAUUCUUCUCAAAGGAGAAGGAAUCGCCGGAUGGUAACAACGUAGCUUGCAUUCUCAUCUUACCUCCAUUCCAGAGGAAAGGAUAUGGCAAAUUCCUCAUCGCAUUCAGUUAUGAGUUGUCCAAGUUAGAGAACUGCGUUGGCUCACCGGAGAAACCACUAUCUGAUCUUGGGAAGCUAAGCUAUCGCAGCUACUGGUCUUGGGUUCUCUUGGAGAUUCUGAGGGACUUCAAAGGAACUUUGUCCAUCAGAGACCUAAGCCAAAUGACGAGCAUCACGCAACCGGACAUCAUCAGCACCCUCCAGGCUCUCAACAUGAUCAAGUACUGGAAGGGGCAGCACGUGAUCUGCGUCACCCCCAAGCUGGUGGAGGAACACCUCAAGAGCGCCCAGUACAAGAGGCCCAGACUGACGGUGGACACCAGCUGUCUCCGGUGGCAGGCCCCCAAGAAACCCAUGCUCCACUCAAGAGGACAGAAGAUGAAGAAGUGAGAGAGAGAGAGGAGUUCCUGGAUUUUUUAGAAGAUCAGUCAGUCACUAAGACUAUGAAGGGAAUUUCUUCUUAAAAGGGAGUUUGUUUUC